CCAAAGACAUUUUCUGUGUAUUUUGGGGUUUUUUUUAGUGAGUUUUGUAAAACACAAAAUAAUUUCAGAUAGUAUUCUUUAUUUCUAAAUUCUAGUUUUAAUAUGUAUUUCAAUGAACUAAAAUGGUCUUUCUAACACAGUUUUAGUUUUAAGUUAAGUUUCAGUUAGUUAACUAACAUAGUCUCCAGUUAAGUUAGAGUCGCGUGAAGUCGAACAGCGCUCGCGCUCUUCAUGUUCUCUAACUCAUUUCAAUGCGUCUCAUUCAGCGGAUGAUAAAACAGACCCGCCAUGACAACAGAGAAACGAUCCCGGCACAUUGCCUGUUGUGUCGCCUCCGUGUCCCGGGCAACAGCUACACAAAUCCAGGAAAACAUCCGGAAGAGACCCUCGGUCGUCCUUGCGAUCGUCCGAACACUGCACUUGUGCAUUUUUCUCAGGAUUCCUGGACGAUAUAGACCUAUAUAUAAAAAUAUAUAUACAUACAGCAUGACGACUUCUUCACUUCCAUUCUUAGACAGCAGCGAUCCUCGUCUGAAACUGACGGUGCAGACCAGAGUAAGAAACGUGUUUGUAACACAGUCGGAGGACACCAGGCACAAAAAAGAGGAAAAUGUCACCCAUAUACCUGUUGUGACAGAGACUUCCAGCAGAAUCCUUGAGACUGGAGUGAACACUUUGCAGAAGACCCUGGUCCUGAAGAAACAGGCCGAGCUGGAGGAGGUGGAGAAGCAGCUGGCCCUCAAACGGCAGGAGUUUAAGAGCCGUGUGGAGGCUCUCGCUCAGAGAAGAUCUGAACUGGAAGCAAAACAGCAGCAGACUAAAGAGAGGGCGCUGAAAUUUGAGAAGUUCGUGGCUGAAAAUGAAGAGAAACGACGGCGGGCACUGAAGAAGUACGAGGCCACAAGGGAGCUGAACGUGUCGAAGCAGAGAGAGAUAGACGAUCUGACGGGACAGCUGAAACGGCUCCGAGCCAGGCAGCAAGUUUUAAAGGAAAGAAUGGCAAAAUACAAAAUCUAUGAGGACUACUUGAUGAAAACGCUCGAGUAUCUCCCCAGCACUUACCAUGAUAACGGCUCUGACUCUUUGGUUAUGCCCAUCAUCCGGCGCCAUGAGGCCCUGUCCAUCACCCACCAGGAGCUGCUGCAGCGGUUGGGGCGUUUGGAGGAGGAGGUGGAGCAGGGCCAGCGACAGCUGCAUACCAUGAAGCAGGAGCACCGCUUUCAGAAAUUGAUGGCCAUUAAAGAGCUGUCUGAGCUCCAGAGUGAGUUAGAAACCCUGAAAGAGAAGAACAAGCAGGCGGAGGCCAACUUGCUGACGGAGCAAGGCCUGACCAGAGAGAAGGUUAAACAAGUGGGAAUCUUGCAUAUGGCCAUCAACAACCUCGCACAGCAGUGUUACCUACCAACAUAUGGACCUCUGGAGAACAUGAACACACUGACAAUGAUGGACAUGGUGAAGGAGUACAUCCUGGACAAAGCCGACACAGAGAAGAGAGCGAGGAGGCUGAUGGAGGCGAGGUCUGCACUGACAAGUAAAUCAGCUCUGACGGACAGAAGACAGAGGGCGUCCAUGAAAAGCAUCGGCAGCAAAACACAAAUCAAAAGUUCAAGUAAAGUCAGUAAAAAGAGUGGGACGACGAGUUGACCUGUACAGUCAUUAUGGUGUUAAGUGUUAAUUUCAUUUUGGACCUUUGACUCUGGAAAAGCCAGUAAAUUAACUUGUAAAUGAUAUUUUUAUCAGCAUCUAAGAGGAGUCUGACUCUUACAAAUUUGAGUUUGAUUGCAUAAAAAAUCUUAACUCAAAAUUAUAUGCACCAACCUCUGCACUGCAAUUAAACGCUUGUAGAUUUUGUAAAUAAGGUAACCACGUGUAUUUGAGCAUCAGAACUUGUAUCUCUGGAAUAUUUUGUAUUUCAAAAUAAAAUGAACACAGUCAAAUGAUGCUGUCAUCAGAGUGGCGUGUGUGAUGGUA